AAUUCCCCUACACACAAUAGUACACACACAAGAUGGCUGAGGACAAACUCUGCUUUCAAUGUGACUUCCAUCCUCGCCUUCAAGGAGACUUUCUGUGCAGGUCCUGUAAACUAGACCACAAGCUGUGUUAUGAGUGUGGGGAGAAGGAAAGAAACCAUCCUUUCAAGCUCUGUACAGAGUGCUACCAAGCACAAAGAAAGGGAACAGUAGUUCAAGAGUCAAGCAUGCUCAAGCGACUAGACUCAGAGCAACAAACGCACAAAGAUAUAUUGAAGCACUUCAAGAAAGAAUGGGUGAAAAUCACUCCCAAAUGUCCUACCCCUCCCGUGCCAUUGGUGAUAUAUGCUGUACAGAACAAGCAGCUGACAAAAUCAUUUCACGAGUACAGCGAUCGAAUCAAGCAAGGCGACCAGAAGGCUACAAACUCCGAUCUGUUUUUCCAUGGAACUAAACUAACGUGCAAUUUACUAGAGCGUGAUGAUUGUUGUCAAGACACAAACUGUGGAAUAUGUGGAAUAUCUUCCAAUGGAUUUGAUUCCCAUCGAAUUGGUAGCAAUAUUCCUCGAUUUCAGCGAUUUGGUAAAGGAAUCUACCUCGCUCCUAAUUCUUCAAAAUGUCACGACUACACUCAAGGCAAUCCGCUCCAUAAAGUACGUGCUCAGUUGCUGUGUUUGGUGGCAUGUGGUGCAAAGUACGAGAUUCGUCAAGACAGCACGACUCUCACUGGUCCUCCAGAAGAAUACAAUUCAGUGCAUGGUGUUGCUGGAGGCUCUCUGAACUAUGAUGAGAUAGUGGUGUUUGAUGUAGCUGCUGUUAUGCCUCAGUUUAUUGUUGUGUAUGAGUUAGAUGGUGUGGAAAAGAUUGCAAAAUGAAAUGUUUUUAGUUCUUUGA